ACACAGCCGGCCACAGCACAUGUCCGCCCGAGCCCAGCCCGUCUGCAGCGCCUCGUUCCGGCACCGCUGUUCCUGGCCCAGGGCGUCCUCGCGCAAAAGCACUUGAUCACGGAUCCCGCCUCUCGCCGCCACGUCCUCGAACUUUUUUUUCUCCCAGGCGCCUCCAUGCUUGCCGUGCGGCAGCCCCUUAGCAGGAUGGGAUCGUCGCAGCCCGAUUCCGAUCCUUUCCAGAUGCCCUUCGGAUAUUCCGUCGAUGGCGCUCAAGAGCCUCUCUUCGAACCCCCCGAGCCCGCGCCCGGCGCUCCAUUGCUGAGCGAAACCGACAACAAGUUUCUCAGCGACUUCUUCGACGACGUGGCCGCAAACCAGUACAACAUGCCGUCCUUUGGUGAAGGCCUGAACUUCAACGCCUGGUUCGACCUGCCUCCCCAGUUCAUGGGAACGGCGACAUCAUACGGAUCACAGGCUUCGACACCAGCUGGCCCCGAGUCUCAUCUCCCUUAUUCCAACGACUCCCACAACUCCCACGCCGCCAUUCCCGGCUCACAUCUCAUGCCGCCGCCGCCGCCGCCUCCGCCUCCUCACGCUCAGUCGACUCCUUACCAGCAGCACCCGUCCGAUGAUGUCUUGAACGCCGCGGCCACGCUGAUGCAGAACGGUCCUGGUCUGCGUGGAGCUCACAAGAACCUUGAUCUAUCCACGCUGCGGCGGCCUCUUGGUCCUCCCGUCGGCCAUCUGCGGCAUCAGCCCUUGGAAGAAUUUAGAGAGGAGAGCCGCAAGAGCAUGGCGCACAUUGAAGUUGACAAUACCUUUGCAGAAUGGAUGUGGGGCUCCAAAGGACGGCAGAACUCUACGCCACGGGCCAUUCCCGUGGACUAUCAAUGGGGCUCCGACUCCAACUUUAACCUUCAUCAGGGCUAUACGCCAGGGGCGAACAAGGAGACUGUCGAAUUACAACAGCAGGAGCAGCUCAAGUGUCUCGAGUGCUUAGAACCCAACAAGAGUGCUGCGACGACUCGUCCUAGCAGUCCGACGAAUAGCCAGUCUACUUUCUCGCUUGGCCUGCAGAGAGAUGUAUCAGAGGCCGCAGAGAGACCAGCCGACCACGACGACGACGCACCGCCUCGCAAAAGGAGAAAGAGCAAGAUCGUUAAGAAGGAUAGCACAGAAGAAGGCGACGAUGAGGGCGUCAACGCGAUCAAGCCUGCUGCGGGAAAGCGGAGGAAAGCAAAGGGCGAGCGAACCGGAUCCGUCUCGUCCCCUCCCACAGAAGCUGGCACCACACACAAGCGGCGGAAGUCGGCCUUGAGCGCAGCCAAGACACCGCGGGAAAACUUGUCGGAGGAGCAGAAGCGAGAGAACCAUAUUCGGAGCGAACAGAAACGCCGGACUCUCAUCAAGGAAGGGUUUGACGACCUGUGCGAGAUCGUCCCGGGGCUCAGAGGAGGUGGGUUCAGUAAAAGCACCAUGCUGACGAUGACGGCAGAGUGGCUGGAGGAGCUAUUGCUGGGGAACAGGGAGUUGACAGCCCAGCUUGCCGCCAUCGAAGGCCGAUGA